AUGUCGCACACUAACUCCAAGACGUGGAUCGCUCCGGGCGUCCGCGAGACGGAAGCUUACCAAGUCACGAUAAACUCCGUCAAGCGCCACUUCCCCAAGUCGGCAGUAGCCCACUGGAACGUGAGCACGUGGAUCACUCACAAGGUCGCGAUGGCAGACGCCAAGCUGCGAGUCGGACAGCGGCGUCUAGCAGCGAAGGAGGCGGAGGCAGGGCUGGCAAUGGAGCCCGGGUACCCUACCCUUCACAAGGCCAUGGAUGACAAGGAGUUGUCGGCGGGACAGACUGCCGUCCUCUGCAUGCACAGCAUAUGGUGCAACAAGAAUUUCGACGCGCAGUGGCGGAUCAUCGCACCGUGGCCGGGCAUGGCAGAGUUGAAAUGGGAGGGUGACGACCGCGCGCGCACAAAGGUCGGCCGCUUCCUGCCGCUGCCGCGCGAGCCGUCGCCUGACAACCUACCCUGGAACCAGCGCAUGCGGCUGCGCCAGAGCAUGUGGGAUGAGAACUGGAAGAUCCCGACUGAGGAAGAUGUGCUGUACCCUAUGUGGCAGCUGAGCGAGGAGACGGAGCUCGACAAGCACUACCUGGUCAACCAGGACCUGCUGGACGCGCUUGACCCGGACAAGAUCAUUUGA